AUGAAAUUCUCUGCCUACACCGGCCCUCUUUUGGUGACGGUGGUAUACGGUCAAGCUGCGGUCGCUGCCAACAGCACCGAGAAACCUCCCACGUUGCAGCUGAGCACAAGCUCCGAGUUCAACUUUCAAUUUCUCAUUGCCUUGGGCAGCGCCACCGAGGGUGGAGCAGAUAUCGGGCCUGUUUUGGGUGCUGCUAACAAAAUCAAAGCCGGAGACAUGGCCGACUUCAGCAGAGAAUUCUACAAGCUCGCCAACGCCACCAAAGCCCAGGCCGAAGACCCGGAAAACGCUUUUGAUCCGAUCAACGUUCGAGACAGUUGGUUCUCUGCAUCCCAGUACUUCCGACUAGCGGACUUCUACAACCACAACAACUGGAGCGACCCGCUGAUCAACACCCUAUGGGUCGAGCAGACUGCAGCGUUCGACAAGGCCUUGGCCAACCUGCCUAUUCCCGGUCAGCGUGUCCAGAUCCCGUCUCCAGAGGGCAAUUUCACCGUCGAAGCAAUAUGGUACGGCGCACCGGGGAGUGAACACCGCAAAUUGCCCACAUUGGUGAUCGGAAAUGGAUUCGACGCGGCGCAGGAGGACUCGUACUACUAUUUCGUGGCGCCGGCUCUAGCUAGAGGAUGGAACUGCAUCACCUACGAAGGUCCGGGGCAACCGACUGUGCGCCGAAACCAGAAUGUGGGUUUCAUUCCGGAGUGGGAGAACGUGGUCACUCCGAUCGUGGACUGGGUGUUCGCCGAAAAGGCACAAGCGGUGGAUACGGACCGGCUUGUGCUGAUCGGAAACUCCUUUGGAGGUUUUCUGGCGGCCCGCGCUGCGGCUUUUGAGCCCCGUCUGUCUGCAGCUGUUCUCAUCGGCGGUGUCUGGGACGCCUAUGCUGGGUUUUCGCGUCAAUUUCCGUCCGAGAUCAUUGAGAUCUACGAGGCGGGUAACUACACGGACUUCGACGACAAGGUUCAUUCGCUGCGAGACUCUGGCAAGCUCCCUACGUCUGCCGCUUGGGGCGUGGACCAGGGCUUAUGGUCGUUCCAUACGCACUCACCCUCCGAGUUUCUCGAUAUGAGCAAGGAAUUCCGACUAGAGCACGUCGUUGACAACAUCAAGAUCCCCGUGUUCGUUGGUGACGCGGAAUUCGAGAACUUUUUCAAAGGGCAACCGCAAAAGGUUAAGGAUGCGCUGGGCGACAGGGGUACUCUGCAUGAGUUCAAAGGGGUUGCUGGUUACCAUUGUCACAUUGGUGCUGCGCAGGAGUUUACGAGAACCAUGUUCGCGUGGAUUAACAAGACUCUUGGUUGA